AUGGUGUUUGGACAAUUGCAAGAGUUUGACUUGAAGAAUGGGAGCUGGGCAGCGUAUAGUGAAAGAAUGGAGAUGUAUUUACUUGCCAAUAAAGUUGAAGAAGAUUUAAAGUUAGCAACGUUAAUAACGGUCAUGGGGGAGGAGGCAUAUCAACUUUUGUCGACACUGGCGAGUCCAAAAGCACAAGCUAUAUUAAUUACCAUA